AGGCCAACAUCUCUACAUAGCUUUUCGUCCCACGAGUAUAAGAACAAAUACUGACUUCAUCUUUCAUUCUUUUCAUCCACAUUUAAUGGUUCUCAGAUAAAUUUUAACUGUCUAUUUCCAGUUAGCUCCGUCCAUGUAUUUUUAUUUUUAUUCAAUUAAGCAUAUAUUAUUUGUGUUAGUAUAUGCGUAAUUUUGUAAUUUUGGAACUUAACACUUAAUUUGACUGGCUUGCACGAUUGCUUCACGUUUGCAGAUAGAAUUACUGUCCGAGAUCGAUCACCACAGAUAAAUUAAUCUGAAAAAGUUAUGGCAAGAUCUCGAGUGUUUCUAUUUUAUAUUACAGUUUUCUGCAUUUUUUCCACCUACAUUAGCUACCUCUGGCUAAGAAACGAUACGAACGUUAAGUUAUUUCAAAGAGAGUUGGACUCAUUUUUACAUCAUAGCCCAAAAACGAGGAAAGAUAACUUUUUAACGGUGGACAAUUCCAUCUACAACGAUCUUGUGGUGGACACACCGGUUUGCAAGAUUCCAAAUUUUCAUCCUUAUGAUCCCAUGGCGGUCCCCUUCGUGAACAAGGCGGAAUGGGUGGAGGACUGUCGGAAAAUCUCCUACCAUUGGACAUAUCGGAAUGGAACUGCACUCAGCUUCAAUAUGACUGCUUUGAGCGAGGACGGAUUUAGCUUCGACGAGUUAAAUUGUUGUUACAAAAUUGUAACACGAGUGGAGCAGUCAAUCGAUAAAUUUGAUUCCAAUGCCGAAAAUUUAAUAAGCUAUUCAGAAUGUACCCAAAUCCGAAACACAACUACAGACUUUUCAGGUCAGGACAAAGCAGAGUACAUUAUGGUGGAGUGUUCCAGUAGUGGAAUGGUUUUGCCAAAUCUUAUCAAGUAUCGAGGGUACCACGCCAUUGCGCAACCCAGCCGAUCUGCUGUGACCGCAAAUAAAAUCAAACAAUGGGAAACAUAUCGAGAGGAUCUGAGACGUGAAAAUAAGGUGGACACCCCUCCUCCAAAUAUUAUCGUCAUCGGGUUGGAUACCACAUCUCGGCUAAAUUUGAGGAGAAAUAUGAUCAAAUCUGUGGAAACGUUAGAGAGACUGGGUGCAGUUGAAAUGAAGGGAUAUACAAAAGCCGGUGAACACACUCGUCAAGCCAUGUGCUCCAUGUUAUCCGGUUAUGCUGAAGAUGACCUACAGUGUAAAAUAAACGAUGUUGGAGGCUAUGAUCGAUGCCCAUUUAUUUGGAAGCGACUUACCGAGGCUGGAUAUCUAACUGCAUAUUCGGAAGAUUGGCCGGAUAUGUAUGCCUUUGGGACGGCUGGAUUUAUCCACCAGCCUGUAGAUUAUUAUAUUCGAACGUUGCUUAAUGCUGCUCACGACUAUGGACUUCCGUUCCCAGUGAAUCAGUUCGUUAGGUUAUCCACACGAUGGUGUAUCGGUUCUCAAACUAACGAUGAACUACUUCUCGACUACACUGAAGCGUUGUUGGAAAUGAGCAAUAGGAGCCAGACCCCCCUGUUUGCCAUGAGUUGGAGUGAUGUAUAUCCUCACAGCAUGGACCAUAAUAUGAUACAAUUGCUGGACCCAACCUAUGCCGAUUUUUUGACCAGACUUGAACAAAAAGGAUUGCUAGAUAACACAAUACUCUUAUUUUUGAGCGACCACGGGCAACGGUACGGACCCUUCAGGUCAACUCUCAUUGGAUGGUAUGAAGAUAAGCUACCCACAUUUUGGAUUCGAUUGCCGCCGAGGUUGAGAGAAAAAUAUCCAGACUGGCAAAUCGCAAUGGAAAUCAAUUCCAAACGACUUUCAUCCCCUUUCUUAUUCUACUGGACAAUUAAUUUCAUAUUGGAUCACUUCCGACCACAGUCCUCAUCAGUUUUUUCAUCAAAUACGAACCUUACUAUCCCUCUCAAGCCCCCAGCAUUAGUUCGGACAGCCAACGAGACCAACAUCCCCAGAAAAUUCAACGCGCAUCACUUCUUUAAGGAAAUACCGGCAAAAGUUACCUGUGAAGAGGUCGGAGUUCCUGAGGUGUUCUGUGCAUGCAAUCCUCUCAAACAAAUCGACUUGGAGGAUCCACUCCUCGUCUCGGCUGGGAAAGAAGUGCUUCGAAGUCUUUCUACAAAGUUGCCCAAAAUUUGUGCAAUUUUGGACAUUGGAUAUCUCAAUGGAGGGGCGAUGAUUGAAAAUAUGAGCUCAAAUAAGGUGACCUAUAUCGUGGGAAUUGUAUCGCAACCGGGAAAUAUGCAGAUCGAAGCUAACAUUGACUAUUUUAAAGAUACAAAAUCGUUCAGUGAGACUUCCCAAGUUCAAAGAGCUAAUCAAAUUAAUCAAAAUGAUAUAAAAUGUUUAAAUGGCAACAGUACUUUUCAACUCUAUUGUUACUGUAUAAGAUAAUAUGGAAUGAUCUCUAAUAAGCACUAUGAAAUUGAAAUGCUAUUAUGAUGUACAGACCACGAUCCUACAUAAUGCCAGUAGUAUCACUGGCUCAGUAAAGUUUAACAGAUUAUAUUUAUUUGAAGGGGAAAUACACGUAUCAUUUCUGUUGCAGAUGUUUCGGGAUAACCAAUCACUGUUAAAAGUAAAGUAGCUCGUCUUACUUGGUUUUCUUCAACCAGCUCUGAACAAUUCAAUGUGUACUGCUCAAUGCACCUACUUAAUGAUGCAUAAUCGAUCCCUGGAAUAUGUGUAGUUUGAUUGAGUUUGGAAAACUGAAUUAUGUAAAUUAUUGUUGCAAUCGUAUGUUGUAAAUACGUAUGAUGACCAUGUUUAUUUUUUGGUGAUUUAUUUUUUUAAUAAAUGAAGGGCAUAACAA